AUGACCGUCACUCAGCGGCGCACAAAUGCCCAGGCAGACAAUCGGCCGAUCAUUGAGCCUGGUAUCAAGUAUACUUGUGACUUUUGCCAUGUCGACAUUACCCACACUGUGCGCAUCAAAUGCGCCAUGAAGCAGUGCGAAGAGGUGGACCUAUGUCCGAACUGCUUCUGUGAGGGUAAAGAGGGGCUGCAGCACAAGGCGUGGCAUGAUUAUAUGGUUGUUGAGCAAAACUCCCAGCCGAUAUUCACACCAGACUGGGGCGCCGACGAAGAGUUGCUGCUCAUCUCCGGCCUCAUCCAGAACGGUCUAGGUAACUGGGCUGAGGUCGCGCAGCAUGUCGGCACGAGGACCAAAGAAGAAUGUGAAAAGCACUAUCUGGAAGUCUUCUUGGGAGUGGGCGACAACGGGCAAGACUUGCGCGGGGACGUCAAGGAAGAGCAAGAUAGAGACGGAGAUGACAGAAAGAGACGGCGAGAGUUCAUGCCGCCCAUGAACUGCAACUUUCCCUACGACCCUGACGAGUUUCAACAACGCAAAAAAGCUCGUAUAGAAGAACUCCGCAAGCCCCAUGCACUUCCACCGACCAACGCCCCUCCCCCCGUCUCGGCGCCCACAAAUCACGAAGUCGGCGGCUUUAUGCCUGCAAGACUAGAGUUUGAGCACGAAGUGGACAAUGAGGCCGAGAUGGCAGUGAAGGAUAUGGAGUUCAAGAUGGUCAUGGGGUAUGGGGGAGAUGAGCAGCCGGCUGCAAAGGUCACAAAGCUGGUCGAAGAAGAGGAGGACGAAGAAGGAGAAGGGGAGAAUGGGGAGGCCAAAGACAAGAAGGAAAAGAUUAAAGAGGAUGUCGAUGAGGUCGUGGUGAUAGAGAAGGAUCCGCCACCGCCAGAAGUGGAAGACCCAGACGAGCUCGAAGUCAAGCUGGCCAUGAUGGACAUUUACUUUACGCGGCUAGACAAGCGAGAGGAUGCCAAGGAGAUUAUAUUCGACAGAGGGUUGACAGAGUAUCGAGCUAUUCAAGCGCAUGACAAGAAAUUGUCGAAAGAAGAGCGCGAUCUGAUACACCGUUUCAAACCUUUUGCCAAGUUUCAAACGGCCGACGACUUUGAGACUCUGAUCGAGGGCUUGAUCUAUGAACAAGCCCUGCGCAAACGCAUCUCUGAGCUUCAAGAAUACCGCCGCAUGGGCAUCACAACAGCUGCCGAGGCAGACGCCUACGACAAUGUCAAGCUCACACGCGCCAUGGACUAUCCCCCACAGAAAAUUGGUGAUGUGCUGCCGACGGGGGCAAGAGCGAAUGCAGGCCAGCAUCGGUAUCUGCACGGGGCGACGAGCACGCCGCCGCCGGAUAUCAAGACGAGGGAUGUAACGCCGAGGGCGUUGCCCGUUGUUGGAAGGAAACCUCCUGCACCGCUCAACCUCGCCAACUCUGCCUCUCUCGAUCUUCUUUCCUCCGAAGAGCAGUCGCUCUGCUCUACCAUCCGCGUCCUCCCCAAACCCUACCUGACCAUCAAAGAGCUCUAUAUUCGCGAGAACGAGCGUCGCCAAGGCUUGCUACGGCGGCGCGAGGCGCGAAAGAUGCUCAGUAUCGAUGUCAACAAGAGUGGCAAGAUCUUUGACUUUAUGGUGCAGAAUGGAAUGUUGCUGCUGGCGUACGAGCCACAAGGGAAAAAGACGAAGGAACCGGAGGGUAUAGUAGGACAAGUGCAGAUGAGUCAGACGAACGGAGUGCCAGAAGGGCAAAUGAUGUCUGGUGGUAAGGAAGUCAUGAUGGAGAGGGUGAAUGGGUUUGGUGGGAUGGGGAAUGGGAUACACCAGCCGAUCACAACAGAGAUCAGGCUAGCUUAA